AUGACCUCUACCUGGGCCUCGACACGGCCUUCCCACAAGCCUACCCCUUCGAAACACCGCGCCUUCUCGUCGGUCUCCAGUGCCUCUUCCUGGGGCACUCUGCUCACCGACUCCUCCACCUCCCCAACGUCCACCUGCCGCCCCUGCCACCACAGAUGCAAAUCCGUUCCGAACCCCAAGCACAAAGAACCCACUCAAAUUCAGAUUCAUCCCCUCAUCUCAUACAACCCUCACAACCUUGCGUUUCCGUCGCUGCAAUGGGAUAUCCGCCAGGACCUCACCUCUGCCCGGCGCAUCACCCCCGCAGGGCUCACCGUCCCACUCGCACUCGGCGAACUCAACGUGGAGGCCACCUACCCGCGCGCCUGGAACGCCCGUAUCGUGAUCGCGCCGCUGGGCGCUCCGUCCUCGCACACUCUCGGCUUGCUGCUUGGCCCGACUACUCCUCCUUUGACGCUGGACAAGUCGAAGAGCGGAACAGCAAUCACGCUGAAAGACGUGCUGACCGCCGUGCACGAGUACCUGCGCGUCCCCGUAAAACGCGCGCAGUACGACCACGCGUGCGAGCGCGUCGCGGAGUGCAUGCGCUCUGCGGCGGGCGCGAAUGCGGGGAAGGAGCUCGUCUCGAAGGCGUUUUACGGGCGCUGCAAAGAGAGCGCGGGUAUCGCGGAUGUCGAGCGCGCCCAGGGCGUGCGGAGGGUCGAUUGCCUCGGCGACGCGGUCGUGUGGGCGGGCGCGUGGGCUGUGUAUAUGCGCGAUGAGGGGAGCAAGGAGUGGACUUGGGAGAUGCGGGUGGCUGUUAUGCCUAAACCGCGUUGA